UGUCUUGUCCGAGCCCUCGCUGUCUCGCCGCGAUGCGCGGGUCCGUCGAUGAUGCGUCCCAGACGCUCCCCAUGCAUCCUCACCUCAUCAGCGUCAUGGAGCAGACGAUAGCGCAUGCGAAAGCCGCGCAGAACGACGCGUCGCCGGUGACGUCGCAGCCACCUUCCCCGCAGCAGCAGCAACAGCAGCAGCAGCAGCAACAGCAGCAGCAGCAGCAGCAGCAACAGCAGCAGCAGCAGGCUGUGCUGAGCCUGGCCUCGGACGCUAGGUCGGUCAUCACGAGCCAGCGGCACGUGCGAACCAUCACCACCGCAGGCCGCAUCACCACGGGCCAUGUGAUGGACGAGGAGGAAGACUAUGAAGAGAGCCACCAGCAGCAGCAGCAGCAGCAGCAGCAGCAGCAGCAGCACAGCGUUGAGGAGCAGAAGGUACCGGGCACGCCGCCCCAGGAGGACACCCAGCACGGACGCAGUCCUCCUCCUCCGCAGCAGCAGCAGCAGCAGCACAUACACCUCCAGCAGCAGCAGCACGUGUUGUCGCCGGCCGCCGCCCCGGAGGCCAGCCACUCCAGACAGCCGUCGCCGGCCGCCCACCUGCACCAGGAGGCGGCGCGGCACUCGCCGCAGUUCUACCAGGAGCCGCCGCAGCACAAGCGCUACCCUCCGACGGCGCAGCAGCUGCGCUACACGCCCCCCGCGGGCCACCAGCUGGUCUACCUGCCGGAGCGCGUCUACCAGCAGCACAGCUCGCCGCCGCCGCUCAUGUCCAUCAACAGCCUGCACCACUCCGGGGGCCACGCCGUGCCCCAGCCGCAGAGGUUCGCGGCGCGGCCGCAGCAGCGCUACGCCUCGCCCACGGCCGAGCAGCAGCAGCAGCGGUACGCGACGCCGCCCUCGCUGCACGUCUACCAGCAGCAGGGCAUGACGCCGCCGCCGCCCCUGGAGCACGUCGACCAGGCGCAGCCGACGACCGCCUUCGCCGUCAAGUUCGAGGACGCCGGCGAGAUGGCGCACCUGCAGCACCUCAAGGAGGCGGCGGCGGCCAUCGCGGCGCAAGACGGCGGCGGGGAGAUGGUGCCCGCGCACCACCACCAGCACCACCAGCACCACCAGCACCGCAUGCCGGAGGCGGCGGCGGCGGCGGUGGCGGCGUCCACCACGUACACGACCCUGGAGACGGUGACGCUGACCAACGCGCCCGCCGCCGCCGCCACGUACCAGGGCGCGUACGGCGACGCGCACCACUACCAGCUGCUGUCGGCCCCGGGGACGCCCACCUCGUCGUCGGGGACCCCCGGGUACCCGGCGGGCAAGCAGCACCAGCAGCAGCAGCAGCAGCAGCACGGCGGCGACCUGUACACGCUGUGCUCGUCGCCGAUGGGCUCGAAGCAGGUGGUGCUGGCCGGCUCGCCCGACGGCGCGCUCGUCUACAUGAAGUCCGACCCCACGCUGGCGUCGACGCUGGGCGCGGCCAAACCGCCCACGGCGCAGCAGAUCCUGUACGGGCAGUACGACCAGCAGCCGCCGGGGUCCCCCGGCUCCCAGCAGGUGACGCUGUACGGCGCCGGGGGCUCCGCCAGCUACCAGUACGUGAGCAAGCUGCCCGGGGACGCCGGAGCGCAGUACUGGGCGCCGGCCGGCGGCGGCGGCGGCGGCGGCUCGCCCGCGCACGUGGACUACGUGGGCGGCGGCUACGUGCAGGCCGGGCUGGCCCCGGAGGCGGCGGCCAUGCAGCUGUCCAACGGCUCGUACGGCGCCGGCGCCUCCACCUCGUGGGGCAUGGCGCUCGACGACUCGUACGACCCCAACCAGAUGCUGGACAUGGUGAAGGAGUGCGUCAACUGCGGCGCCCAGUUCACGCCUUUGUGGCGUCGCGACGGGACGGGACACUACCUGUGCAACGCCUGCGGCCUGUACAACCGCAUCAACGGCGUCAACCGGCCCCCCAUCCGCAGCCAGCAGAAGAAGGUCACCGCGACGGGCAACCGGCGGAACGGCGUGUCUUGCGCCAACUGCAACACCACCAGCACCACGCUGUGGAGGCGCAACAACAACGGCGAGCCCGUCUGCAACGCCUGCGGCCUCUACUUCAAGCUGCACAACGUGAACCGACCGCUGAGCAUGAAGAAGGACGGCAUCCAGACGCGGAAGCGGAAGCCCAAGAACCCGUCCAUGCCUUCGUCGGGCGGCAGCCCUCUGGGCGGAGGAGGCAAGUCGCAAGUUGAAAGUGGCGCUUCAACCGGCCGUUACUCGAACUUCUUGGCUCCGUCCCAUUGA